AUGCCAGAUUAUGUCUACGAGACGGGGUUUCCCGAGUGGCUGCGUCGCACGGCCGACCCGUCCGCCGGCCUGGAGGCGGUGUGUGUGGCUUGCGGCUCACCGGAGGUCGCCGAUGGCCACCCGCUGGUGGUGGGCGGCCUCUGCGCGCCCUGCCAGGACGCAAUCCGCGACACCAUGUUCGCCAUCGCCGAGGACGGCAUCAGCCCCUACUGCGUGGUCUGUUCUCGUCUGGGCCAGCUGUUAAUUUGCGACGAGAUGACCUGCAAUAGGGGCUUCUGCUCGGUGUGUCUGAGCGUGCUGAUUGAUGCGGGCGCGCCGGAGCGGCUGGCCGCGCUCCCCACCUGGCGCUGCCCCUUGUGUCACGUGUCCGGUGACGCCAGCCCGCUGCGGGGUCGCGCCGACUGGAAACACCGGGUGGCGCGUCUCUUCACCCCGCGCUCCUGCCCAACCCUGCGCCUGCCGGUGGAGCAGUUCAAGAACAGGCGGCCCAUCCGUGUGCUGUCGCUCUUCGACGGAAUCGCCACAGGGAUGCAGGUGCUGAGCCAGCUGGGGGUCGCCGUGGAGGUGUACCUGGCCGCCGAGACGGACCCGGACGCUAUCCACGUGACCGCCAUGAACCAUCCCCGCGUCACCCAGCUGGGUGCGGUGGAGACGCUCACCGAUGUCAAGAUCUCUGAACUGGCGCCGGUCGAUCUCGUGCUGGCCGGAUCGCCCUGCACCGACCUCAGCGUGGUGAACCCGGCCCCGGCGCGGCCUCUACGGUCAAUGGGCAUCCAUGCGAUCAUGGUGCGCCCGAUCCAGAGACCGUUCUUCCACAGCGUCACCUGCCCAACCAUGAUGCUGCAACUAUAA